UUGCUUAAAAAGUGUAUGAUAGCUUGAGUGCGUGGAAUCAACUCGGUUGGUUCAGGGUUCUGAUCCUAGUGGAGGAAAGUGAGGACUUUUACUAAUAGGGUUCGGUUAUAGCCAGAGUAAAAUAUUCGCGUGCAUUUCCUGCCUUAAAUACAAUUCUGUGAUUACUUAGACCGUAGAUCCACAUGAGUUGCACGAAUUCAAGCGUCAAGUAACAAGCUAGAUGAAAAGCUUGGCCAAACUAACCACAAAGCGUAGAGUGUUGUGUUGUUUCUAACAAUUUACACACAAAAAUAUGUGCGUGCAUCCUCAAAUGCUGGUUUUCGAAGGUGGUCCUGCUACGUGCGAGCUCACACAAAACUUUUACCGCUAACUUCAAUGGGGCACAGCCAAAAAAACAUGCGGCGAUAUUAUCUAUUGUGGCUAUAGGUAUUUGUUCCGCCUUUCCAGCAACACGGAAAUUUGCAGUAAACACAUGCAAACAUAUAUACACAUAUACAUAUACAUGUACAUGUAGCACACGCUGCACAUUUGCCACAUUACUUCACCAGACAAAUAGCGCUAAUUAAAGUUUUGACUUUUCCGUAGUUGCCUGCCAUUUUUCGUGUGUGUGUCGCAUUUUCGAGUUGCAUAGUUUAACUUUUACUUUUCUGUGAAUUUUGUUUUUUUGGUUUUGAUGGUGUUUUUGUUAAAUAUGGAAUGCUAAGUUUUAUUGUUUCGUUUUUGUUUUGUUCAUUUAGUUAUUUGCUGUUGCAGCAAUUCACAAAUUUGCGACAGAACAAUAAAAACAAAAUAAAAUGCUCGGUUUAUUCCGAGCGCAUGCAGAAAUGAAAUGACAUGUACGCUGCUCUUUGCUUGCAUGUGUGAGUGUAUUUCGGGCAAGAACUGCAAAAGACUUUGCACACAAAUAAACGGGUUGUAAAAUCUGGAAUUGCCUGGCGAGGAAAAUGUUCGGCUAAUAGAAUACCAAGGAAUUUGUGAUUAUAUGUGAUAAGGAGAGAAAACUAUUGUUUAUGUUUUUGGGACGAGUUACUAGAUGCCAUGAUUUCAGCGGGGAGUGAAUGAAGUGAAUGAUUGCAUUCUCUUCAACAUUAGGGUAUCCUGCUGUCAGUGUAUUUGUCUCCCACUCCGUGCGGAGCAACUCCUUUAUGGUGUGGGACUCCACCGCAAUGCAUGGUUUUGGCGUCAUCACCCUGGAAGCUGACGCAGAGCGGGCGAGUUCGUCGGUCUGCCCAUUGCCGGCUAUCUCUUUAUGCCCCGGCAAUCAGAUCAGGUGUCCGUAGUCUCAAACUGAUAGGCGGUUCAUCCCUCCCAUACACUCCUCCACUAACAGCGAUUUGAUCUCAUAAGCUGAGGUCGUUAUUAGUGCCUCUUGACUAUCGAUGAGUAUAGCGAUAAGCUGGUUGCAGUAUUUUCGUUGGUGAUUAAUUUCUGUACACUGACUUAUAGCAAAGACUUCUGCUUGAAAGAUCCUCGAAAAUCAUCUCAUUGGUAUAGAUAGCUUAGUAAGCAGUCCUGCAAUGCCUUCGGGUAUUUUAGAGCCGUCAGUGUACCACUGCCCUUCAGUAGUAUUUAGGUCGGUAGUAGGUCGAGAGUAACUUUAAAUUUCUUUGUGAAGUUUGCCCUCUAUGAACGUGACCUCUUGGAAGAAGGGCAAGUGAUGUGUCUUCUUACUUUCCAAACAAUUUACUGCUCAAGAAAUAAAAAAAAGUCAAAACACUGGCACCAAUUCUUCUUUUGAAAUCAGUUGUAAACCGAUAAAACGGUUAAUGAGUUGAAGUCCAGAGUACUCGAGCUCUGUGUACUGCCGUUCAAUUAUCGAUGCUUGUGAGUAUGAUAAAAAAAAAGUUUAGAACCUUCUCGUAGUACAAAGACGAGUCAUUCUCUUCCCCACAGUGGCUUCAACAAUACUAGUACGUAGUACAUCUGUAUACUGGACCCGCCACGUUCCUUUUUCCAAUGCAUUGAUAACACUUGCGUGGGACGCAUUUCCAAAAUUUCGAGUUCAAGGAAGGCGGAUAUCGCAACCUCGCAAUUUUCCUGCGAAUUCUGUUGUUCAGCCAUAGGUUGGUGUAAAGCAGUGUUAGUGGACCUACCUACUCUGUACGCCUGUUGACUGGCGUUUAAGGGGAGGAUUUUAUACGCCUUCAAUCUUUUGUAGUUAUCUACAAUAUCUUCCAUCCAUUUUAUCACGAAAGAAGUAAGACUAGUAGGCCUGAACGAUUUGGACAGUGAGUAGUAUUUCCUUCCUACCUUGGGUAUGAAAUAAUCUUCAUGGAAGUUACCCUAGCUAUUUUCAACAUUUCUGGGAUAUCCGCCAUCGCAAGGCUAUCUCCCAUCAGCCCAACAAUAUGUGGCAAGAGAUGCUCGAUAUCGCCCGCCCACGGUGACGAGAAGGAGGCCAGUGCCACCUUGAUUGAGUCUGCAGUGAAUGAGUUCCUUACAGAUGUCCAAUACGGGAGUGCCAUUACUUUAACCUCUGCGCUGGUCGCAUAGGUCCCACCAUAUCCUUUUAUGUCUAAUGCUGUGUCCGUCUUGCCUCUAGACAAGGCCUUGUACAGGCGGGUUGCCUAUGGAAGUCGAGGAGACGAUGUCACAGAAUCUUUGCGGAUAUAAUUUCUUUUUUAUAGGUUGUUAGUUUCUGCUUGUAUUCCUCCCUGAACAACAACUGAAUUUGGACUACGUUCACGAAAUUAAAUUUGAGUAAUCCGUCAAAAACUGAAUUAAGUUCAUCGAUGCACCGUUGCUAAGUUAAUCCAAGUCAAAAAUUGUUGAAAAUAUUGACGAUUCAAUUCCACUAGUUUGGCCGAUGUGAAUAUUUUAAGGAAUAUUUAUAGGUCUCCUAUGUCAAAACGUUCUGAGUAAGCAUACCAUCAAAAAUGUCAUAUUUUAAGAUAAAAUUAUAAGUUUCCAGAUUUUUUUCUUUUACAUAAAUCCCUGCACUACUAAUGAAAUUCAAUGCUUUGGAAAUUCUCUUUCACACGCUCUCCUUAAUCAUUUAUGACCGAAAUUUAAACUUUCUGUAUUGACUCCUUUUUACUACAGGGUCACUUAUUGCAUGCCGACAUACAAAUUAACAUUAAACUAUUUAGAAAGUCACGUGAUAUAAACGCCAGCAACUUGUUAUCCGCUUUGGUUGCUCUGGCAUUGUAGCGUACUUUGAAAAUUUUCUCAAAUUUGCAUGAGAAUUCAUAAAUUCCAUAAAUUAUGUUUAUUUGGAGCGCUCUAAUGGAAAUGAAUGAGUUUUUUUGUCAUUUGGCGGUGCAUUUAAUCUGAAUUAUGGAAAUCUGAAGUUGUUAAACAUACUUACUUUUUUGUCUGUGAAUAAUAUGCAUAUAUGCAUUAAAUGUCUAUAAAAUCUGGUUAAUUUUUUUUUGGCUAGUUGAAAAUACGCGAAAUUGCUGGACCUAUUUAAAAGAAACCUGAUGUGUGUAUUACUUUUAGUUACAAGUUUUAGUUAGUUUAGUUUAAGUGUUUAAAAUUUCAAUUUGAUUUUACUGAGAUUUUUUUCGGAUAAAAAGUAUAAAAUAACUCUUCAUGCAGAAAGCAUUUUAUCGAUCUUAGAGGCGGAAGAGUGUUACUUACGAUUUUUAAGAACAAACCAAACAAUGCGUAAGGGGUAUUCUGGUCUAGGAUCUGGUCUUCGAUUUUUUUGCAUAUUUUGAAAGUUUAGACUUUCAAAAAUAUGACCUUGGAAGGAAUUCUCAAAUUUCGACUUAUUUUCGGAGAUACAGCGGAUUUUGUGACGUUGCGUCCGUGAUCACUAGAAUUGUCUCCUAAAUUUUAAACGUGUUUUUCUCGAAACUACUUUUUUUGAGGUGGUUGACAUGAUAUCUCAAGUUCUACUGAACCAAUUCCUUUGAAAUUGGGUUAUAUCUCCUUUAUACAAUGCUCUAUCGUGUCUGCCUUAAAUUUCCAAAUAUUUUGAUUUGAAGUAUUUUUAAAAAAUUCGAUUCGGUCGAAAAAAUCGGGUAAAAAAAAUGUUUUUCGAGUCGAUAGCAGUGUUUUUUUUUUUUUGUUUUUUGAAAAUGGUCAACCCGAUAACGACAUCCAGAAUCUUCUUGUUUUUUGUGUUUUAGAUCUCUACAAGGGGUGAAAUCACGUCAACCAGGACGCACUUUUUUUUUGAAGCCCGCACUCCACCGGCCCGUAUCUCGAGGAAUUUUGGUUUUUUUUCUUGCAUUUUUUUAUAUCAUUAAAAUGUCAAUAAAACCAUAUAAAAAAAGGAUAGUAAAAAAGUUUUUAAUUUUUUAUCUUAGUUUAAAAAAUGCCUAACAUUCAUGCGUCUAGACCAGAAUACCCCCUUAGCAUGAAUAACGAAAUGUGUUAAAGGAAACACUUGGUAUGACAACUCUAAAAAAGCUGAAAACGAAUUUUUUUAAGAAAACUAUUGCAUGAUAUGGGGAUAAUAAAAGAUCUAUCAUCAUUUAUCAUCAUGGUAUUUUCUCAAAAAUAUUAGGUAGUCGAAAAAGUCCUUUCGUAUUUUGUCAAUAAAUGUCGUUGCAGCCGCAUGUCUCCAGGGCUACCAAUAACAUUGUGUGAUACCGUAUAGUGUUGAAAAUGUGAGAUUAGAAAAUUAAAUUCAGGAAGUUGAAAAAGAGUUACAGCUGUUGAAAAGGUGAGUGAAAAGAAUGAAGAAAAUCGCUAUAUUUUGUACAAAAAAGGGAAGAAUGAUACUCAAGCCAACAAUGAAAUUUGUGAAGUUUACGGAGACGAUGCUGUACGAGUAUCAGUUCAUGUAGCACAAUAAUGCUUUGCUUGCAUACGUUCUGGAAUUUUCGAUGCAAAAAAGACACCUCGCUCUGGUGGACCUAUCGUUGAAAUAGUAGAUGAAAUUAUGGAAAUUAUUGACCAUUCGCAUCACAUAAGCAGCCAUGACAUCGCUCAGGAACUUAACAUUCAUCAUCAAAAAAAAAAUCGAACCAUUUCUGAAGCGAAUGGUAACAGGAGACGAAAAAUGGGUCAAAUACGACAAUAAUGUGCGAAGAUCAUGUUCCAAGCAUGGUGAAGCUCAACAAAUGGUCGCAAACUCAGAAUAGACGCCUCGAAAGGUUAUGCUGAGUGUUUGGUGGGAUUGGAAAUGAAUCAUCCAUUAUGAACUGCUCCAGCCUUGUCGAAAGAUUGAUUCUACAUUUUAAUGUCAACAACUGAUGUGACUAAAGCAAGCAAUCGAAGAAACCAGAACUGAUCAACAUAAAGGACUCCGUCUUAAAGUAGUAUAACGCUAGACCACACACAUCUUUGAUGACUCGGAAAAAACUGGGAGAGCUUGGCUGCGAAGUUUUAAUGCAUCCACCAUAUAGCCUUAAAUCUUGCACCAUCGGAUUACCAUUUGUUUUUGUGGUCAAUGCAGAACAUCCUUAAUGGAGUAAAGUUGGCUUCAAGAGAAGCCUGUGAUAAUUACUUGUCGCAGUUCUCCCCAAGAAAUCAGAAGAUGUUUAUCAUUCAUGUAGUAAAAUUUAUAUUUCCAAGCUUUAUUUCUAGAGAGCUUUUACAUUUUUGGUAGUUUUAUAGAUCCAUGCUGCUGAUAGAAUAUGUACAAUCUAUUUAAGGGCAGAGCAAGGACCACUUGUCAAUCAUUUUGCAAAAAUUUUUUAUGUUUUCUAAUGUAAAUUCCGCACCGAAUUCCUUUUUUAUAUCUUAAUAGGUGUGUUAAAGCGCUUUAUGGAUAAGGUUAAGGGUAACGAAGUUUUGUGGUCUUGCAAUAGCUGCUAAUCUCUUCAAGUUGUUAAGGAAUGUAAAUAUAAGCUCUGGUUAAAUCGAACUUCGAAGAAGCGGUGUUCCAAAACGACAUUGCCGCAAAAAAAAAGAGUCCGUGAUGCGUUUGCAAACAUUUGCCUUUAUUUUGUUUAUAGCAGUAGCCGGCGUAAGCAGCAGCAAAAAUCAAAGUGAAGAAUCAAUCGACAUUCGAAAAAGCAGUCAGGAUGAGCUAUUCAAUCGCCAAACAAACAAUAAUGAAGCGUUCACUACGUUAAAUAACAGUGAAAUUCCUAAAAUAAACGAUAACAGCAAUCCCUUAGACAGUGCUGUUAUCAUAAGUAAUAGCUCUAAUUGGGAAACUGUGGUUGAACCUAGUGAGAGCAAUAAUAUCAAUGAGAACACCAGUGAUGAUCAUAAUGAACUGAUUUUAACAGAUGCUCCGCCGAGUUCAUACAGAAAGUUGCCGCGCCAUCAGAGAGCGAUUGCCGCAGUUGCUGAGAAGAGAGGAUUGCUAAAGAACUCAGAUGGUGAGCGUAUUCUACGGCGUGGCAAAAGAUACUUGGAAUUUGCCAAGGGUUCACGUGUUUCGUGGCGUACAAAUGGCAAAAAUAAUAUCCUAAAUGUCAAUACUCUUUGGGCUUAUGGAUAUGGAUUUCGAGUUAAUUUUCCCUUUCCCGGUCCUGAUGAGUCACGCCGUAAAUACUUUAAACGCGAUGUGCUACACUCACUCGAGGAUGUCUUAAAUGGACACGGCUUGGAUGGACGCGCUUGCGUGUUGAAGUCAUACUGUACAGCAGCUUUGGAUGUGGACUCAAAUAUUAGUGGCGGUAUGCUGUUUAAAAUGCUGAAGCUGAUUUUUACCCUGCAUGACCAUGACAAACGCCACUUCUCCUAUCUGCGCCUAGAAAAUUGCAAACAAAUAUUACACAGCCAUUGUCCCCUGAGUUUCGACAGUAUAUCGCCAUACACCGAUGAUGUUUGAGGAUACACGAGUGCAAUGAAAUAAAUUGUUCACACAAAUGUUUGAUUGCGUGUAAAUAAGAGUCGCAAUAAAUUUGUUAUUUUUUGCAAAAUAAAAUUAAUUUUCACUAUUUUCAUCACAAGUGUGAUGUGAUAAAUCAACACAAUUAUUUAUGCACACACACGAAGGCAAAAAUUAAACAAUAGCAAAUGGUUUUUUAGACAACAAAAAAGCUAUAGCCUAUUUAUGGGCGUUGAAAAGCAUGCAAAGUACAAUAAAAUGGCAUAAAUGUAAAUGUAUGUUCGUGUUCUUGUUGUUGUUGUUUAUUUUUUGUGGUUAAUCAAUGAAUGUGCAAUAGUUUGAAGGUCAAUGGGCAUUUUUUCUUGUUGUUAUUGUUAUCGUAUUUAAAAAAAUUCAAUUUCUAUAUAUGUGUAUUUGUGUGAGUUUUAUGCCUUCGGCGAAUUGACAAAUUAAUUUGCUGCAUGUUAAAAGCCAAAUUGAUUGAAAAUAAACAAUGCUAAUGGUUUAUGUUUGUUUGUGCAUACAAAUGUAGGUAUGUUUGCUUGAUUUGUUUUACGAUGUUGC